AUGGCUGAAGGAGUCCGCGGCGCGGGGUCCGCGCUCCCGGACCCUUCCAUGUCCUCCCUGCCCCUGGCAGCGCUCAACGUGCGAGUGCGGCGCCGCCUGUCGCUCUUCCUAAACGUGCGGGCGCCGGUGGCGGCCGACUGGACCGUGCUGGCGGAGGCGAUGGACUUCGAGUACUUGGAGAUCCAGCAGCUGGAGAAGUACGCCGACCCCACGAGCAGGCUGCUGGACGGCUGGCAGAGGCGUCCGGGCGCCUCAGUGGGCCGUCUGCUCGAGCUGCUCGCCAAGCUCGGCCGCGAAGACGUGCUCAUGGAGCUGGGACCCAGCAUCGAGGAGGAUUGCCAAAAGUAUAUUCUGAAGCAGCAGCAGGAGGCAUCUGAGAAGCCUUUACAGGUGGACUCUAUAGACAGCAGCAUCCCUCGGAUAAAUGACAUGGCAGGCAUCACCAUUCGCGAUGACCCCCUGGGGCAAAAGCCCGAGUGUUUUGAUGCCUUCAUCUGCUACUGCCCCAGCGAUAUUGAGUUUGUCCACGAGAUGAUCCGGCAGCUGGAACAGACAAACUAUCGGCUGAAGUUGUGUGUGUCUGACCGUGACGUCCUGCCUGGCACCUGUGUCUGGUCCAUCGCCAGUGAACUCAUUGAGAAGAGGUGCCGUCGGAUGGUGGUGGUUGUCUCCGACGAAUACCUGCAAAGCAAGGAAUGUGACUUCCAGACUAAGUUUGCACUUAGCCUCUCUCCAGGUGCCCACCAGAAGCGACUGAUCCCCAUCAAGUACAAGCCGAUGAAGAAAGAGUUCCCCAGCAUCCUGCGCUUCAUCACAGUCUGUGACUAUACCAACCCCUGCACCCAGAACUGGUUCUGGACUCGCCUCGCCAAGGCCCUGUCCAUGCCCUGA